AUUGGUCGACACGUCCGUCCGUCAGGGGAUUAUCCGCGUCGGGGUAGGUCGGUGUCGGUCUGCGGCGCUGACACGAGCUGGGGUUGUCGCGUAGUGGGGGGAAGCAGUGCGCUUUUAAAAACCGCCCAGGGAAGACGGCGCGUCCGCGAGCCCGUGUGGUCUUGUUUUGUCGCGGACUUCCUCUCUCCCUCCCUCUCUCCCUCCCUCUCUCUCUCUCUCUCUCUCUCUCUCUCUCCUCCAUCCCUCCCUCCUCGCCGUCCGUCCUGCAGAAUGACUCGGUCGAGGGGAGGGACGCAGCACCGGUCCACCUGAGCGACGGGAGGCAGCGGGGCACGUCUUUUCUCCUUCAAACCAUCGCACCGAACAUGCUCUGAGUUUUACAUUUUUAAAUUUUUUAUUAUUAUUUUUUUUUAAAUUCCGCUGCCGGACGCCGUGUGGUGGGACCUGCGACUGUUCUCAGAGAAACUCCUGCUCGUGGCAACUGGAGUGUGGUUGAAAAGUGGAUUGUCCAUCAUUUGCAGCAGCAGCAGCAGCAGCUCAGGCUCUCUCCUCCUCCUCCUCCUCGGAGCGUUUUGCCGGGUCGUCCACGUCUGGUCGUGGUGCUGGUGCAGAAGAAGAAGAAGAAGAAGAGGAAGAAGAAGAUGGGACUACCCGCCCUGGAGUUCAGCGACUGCUACCUGGACAGCCCGCAGUUCAGGGAGAGACUCAAGUCCCACGAGCUGGAGCUGGACAAGACCAACAAGUUCAUCAAGGAGCUGAUUAAGGACGGAAAAGCGCUCAUCCAGGCUUUGAAAUGUCUGUCCACAGCCAAGAGGAAGUUUGCCGACUCGCUCAACGAGUUCAAAUUCCAGUGUAUUGGAGAUGCCGAGACGGAUGAUGAAAUGUGCAUAGCCAAGUCUCUUCAGGAGUUUGCGGCGGUGCUACAGAACCUGGAGGAUGAGAGGACACGGAUGAUUGAGAACGCCAAUGAUGUUCUGAUUAUGCCUCUGGAGCGGUUCAGGAAGGAACAAAUCAGUGCGGCCAAGGAAGCCAAGAAAAAGUAUGACAAAGAGACGGAGAAGUAUUGUGCAGUGCUGGAGAAGAAUCUGAGCCUUUCAGCAAGGAAGAAGGAGUCACAUCUACAUGAAGCCGACAACCAGGUAGAUAACGUACGGCAGCAUUUCUACGAGGUGUCCCUCGAGUACGUCUUCAAGGUGCAGGAGGUCCAAGAGAGGAAGAUGUUCGACUUUGUGGAGCCUCUGUUGGCGUUUCUCCAAGGACUGUUCACCUACUACCACCACGGAUAUGAGCUGGCAAAAGACUUUAAUCACUUCAAGACUGAUCUCACCAUUAGCAUACAGAAUACGAGGAACCGCUUCGAGAGCACGCGGUCGGAGGUGGAGAGUCUGAUGAGGAAGAUGAAGGAGAAUCCACAUGAUCACAAGAGUGUCAGUCAGCACACCAUGGAGGGAUACCUGUAUGUGCAGGAGAAGCGCUCAUUCGUGUCUACCUGGGUGAAGUACUACUGUACGUACCAUCGGGAGCCCAAGAGGGUGACCAUGGUGCUGUUUGACCCGAAAUCAGGAGGCAAGAUGGGAGAAGAGGAGAGCUUCGGCCUCAAGUCCUGCACCCGGAGGAAGACGGACUCGAUAGAGAAGAGGUUCUGUUUCGACGUGGAGGCCGUGGACAGGCCGGGAGUGAUCACCAUGCAGGCUCUGUCAGAAGAAGACCGCAGGUUGUGGAUGGAGGCCAUGGAUGGGAGAGAACCGGUGUACAAUCUGAACAAAGACAACCAGGCUGAAGGCAUGGCCCAGCUGGACGUCACCGGGUUCAACGUGAUGAAAAAAUUCAUCUAUGCAGUGGAUACACGAGGUAUCAAUGAGCAGGGCUUGUACAGAAUCGUCGGUGUCAACUCCAGAGUACAGAAACUACUGAGCUUGGCGAUGGAUCCAAAGACAUGUGCAGAUGUGGAGCUGGAAAACCCAGAGUGGGAGAUUAAGACCAUCACGAGUGCUAUCAAGCACUAUCUCAGAAUGCUGCCUGCACCUCUCAUGACAUACCAGUACCAGAGGAGCUUCAUCAAAGCUGCCAAAUUGGACAACCCUGAGGCCAGGGUGACAGAGAUCCACGCCCUGGUGCACCGGCUACCUGAGAAGAACAGACAGAUGCUGGAGCUGAUGAUGAAACACUUGGCCAAUGUGGCCAGUCACCACCAUCAGAACCUGAUGACCGUCGCUAACCUGGGCGUGGUCUUUGGGCCGACUCUGCUCCGCCCCCAGGAGGAGACGGUGGCUGCCAUCAUGGACAUCAAGUUCCAGAACAUCGUGGUGGAGAUCCUCAUAGAGCACCAUGAAAAGAUAUUCAGGAACGCGCCGAGUUCUGCAGGAGGUUCGGCCAACCCGCAGCUCAACAUGUCGCGGAGAAAAAGCACCGACAGCAAAGGCCCGUCCUGCAGCGAGAGGCCUCUCACACUCUUCCACACGCCGACACACUCCCAGAAAGGUGAAAAGAGGAACAGUGUUGUCAACGCCCCAGUCGGCGAGCUGCAGCAGCCCGUCUCCUCUUCUUCUGCCAACUGCAACAGCAACAGCAGCAGCAGCAGCAGCAGCGGCGGCGGCAGCCAAGGUCGGACCCCGAGACACAGCCUGACCAGCAACGACGGAGAGCCGGACGCCCGGCAGAUCCGCCCCAGCCUGCUCAGGCUCAACCCAAAGAGUCGUGGCAGCAUACCAACCAGUGCGACGUCUCCCAGCCCCACCUCACCGCGCUCUCCCUCCUGGCCGAUGUUCUCAGCUCCGUCAAGUCCGCAGCCGACGUCGUCCGCCUCCAGUGACUCCUCUCCUGUCAGCAUCGCGGGCAGGAAGGCCCGAGCGCUGUACGCCUGCAAGGCAGAGCACGACUCGGAGCUGUCGUUCAUCGCUGGAACCAUCUUCGACAACGUUCACGCUUCCAGGGAGCCGGGUUGGCUGGAAGGGACCCUGGACGGUCGAACGGGACUGAUACCGGAAAACUAUGUGGAGUUUUUGUAGUCCACGUAGUUCUGAAUCAGACCAACGUUGACUGGAGGGGACUAGAUUUGACUGCACACGAUUUUAACAGACUAUGUUAGCUCAUAUAUAUAUAUAUAUAUAUAUAUAUACUGGACUGGGCCGUUGUUGGUGAGGCCACUCUUGUCGUGACCAGAACUGAUACUGGACCAAGCAGAAGCGUAUCAAAUGGAUAUGAGGCAGAAGUGAAGCGGCGCGGACUGGACUGGGGAGAGACCCACCAAUUGCACUGGAAAAGAGGAAACAGUUGUGAAUCCCUGUGUGGUUUGGCUGUUUUCAGCUUAGUGCGGAUGGCGUGAUGCGUGUUUGUAUGCAUGUGCGUGUGUGUGUGUGUGUGUGAGAAAGAGAGAGAGAGAGAUAUCUGGGAUUGAUGUUUCUGAGCUUUGUUUUUGUUUUUUUUUCCCGACCCUUGCUUUAAUCAUUUUGAACUGCACUGCCCCACCGCGUCAGCAUCUCCGUCUUCCUUUUCGUCGGCUACAAGCAGAAAGCUGUCUGGAGGUGACUGAUGUGAAGACGGUGAACUUGGACUUCCUGGUUCACCUCCUCUGCGCAGCGUUUGCAUGGCUGCUCAACCCAACCCCCCCCCCCCCCCCCCCCCCCCCCCCCCCCCCGGGGGAGCGGAGCAUUUUUUUUUUUUUGGAACGGCUCCAAAUGUGUUUGUGAGCAGCUCGGGUAAAUUCCAACCUAGAACGCGACUCGGGCAACAAGUUUCAGAACUCCAGUUGCGCAGCGCGGAACCCACGAGGCAGAUCAGACCAGCAACAGAAGGAGGUCGCCUCUGUAACGGCUCUCCUCUUGCAGAGCCCUCUGCGAGAAAAAAAAUAAAAAAAAAAUAGAACAAUUUUCGAAACCAGCUCCACAAGCUUAUCGCAAACAGCUGAUUCCUGCUGCGAGGCCUCGCUCCGCUUCCCCAGCUCAGAGGGGGGUUUUAUUUCUUUGUUGAUUGUUGGAAAUAACUGGAUCCAGUAAUCAUAUAUGGGGUUUGAGUCAUGUUUGCACUGUCAAUACAUUUGCGGGGGGAUUCCCAUCAAACAGGAUGUUGUCGUUGUUGUUUCUUUCCCCCCCCCACCGCAGAGAACUGGUGUUCCAAACCCUCAAUGGUGGUUUUUUUCGACCUCACUUCAGAAAACACAUGCGAUUGAUGAUGUCUAUUUAUUUUUAAGCUUGCGUGGCUCUUCUCCUUGUUGUGGCCAUCGUGCAGAUUCAGUCUCUAAUCGCGGCAAAUAACUGAAGUCGAAAUAUGGCGCAGCUGUCUUGUGUACGUUAUCACACACACACCACAAGGCUCCGUUUUCUUCGGUUCUUUCUUCCGAUUUUUUCCGCAGAAUCACAACACCAACAACAACGCUCAUGAUGUAAUUGUCUGAGGUGGACAGACAUUCGCGCCGGGGUCCGGUGUUUGCAGGCCAGAGAUUCAUUCAUGAGAGAAUGAAAUGCAGAUGUGUCUUUUCAGAGAAGCUGGGAAAUCAAAUGAAAAUCCUUGGGAUUUGUUCCGACGCAGUACGCGUGUGAACGCUGGUCUGCUGUGGGCGGCUCCAAUGAGUCUCCUCCUCUCAUGAGGCAGAGCUGAACUUUUUUUCCUUAAACCACUUGGUGAACAUCUGUAUCAACUAAAAAAAAAAAAAAAAAAAAAAUGUUUUUCAGUGAACUAAUUUCCUUUUAGGACGGAAUUUUGAAAUACUAUUCGAUUUGAACACACCAAAACAAAUCAAAUGGGAGCGUGAGAAAAUGUGAAAUGAGACUACUUUGUUCAUAUCUUAUUUAUGAGACUUUUCUCAACGUGCGAAAUCCUGAACUGUAUUUUUCUUCUGAGGUGUUUUAUUGACAUUGUAAAUAAACACACAGCAUUUGAUAAGGUGUCAUUUGUUUUUCAAGUAUGAAAUUUUAUAUUUUGUAUUUUUUUAGCGUACUAACUUAAUUCCCUUCUCGGUUGCCCAAACAUUUUGUAUCGUUUUGAGUCUAUUUGCAGCCUUAAAUAUUCCUUCAGAUGUGUUUUUUGGUGAAUUGAUGAGCGUGUGCAGAAUUAAAAGACGAAAUGUUGAA